UCGUUUCCUACUCCGGUUCAUCCUCUUUGUUUCGUUUGAUCAUCAUUUCAUCACAUCCAUCUCGAGGUGGUCGUUUCUCAAUUCGCUUUUGCUUUUGACUUGAUCAAGAACCCCUUUUUGCAUCACCCAAAAUCGACGCGUGAAGCCUAAUGUUCACCGGGGAUUCCACACGAGGGCGGUGUGGGCGGCGGAGCUACCAAUAUAUAUACGGAGCGUUGGGAUAUGGCGAUGGCAUUCACUGUCAAUUCGCAUUCUAAGGUGUUUCCUCGUUUCACUCCUUACAGAGUACAGAACAAGGCGAGGUUUUGCAGAGGGAUCGGAGUUAUGAGUGUUCGUAAUACUAGUAGUAGUAGUAGUGGAAAUGUCAAUUCCUCUGAUGCUCCAAUUCCUCUGCUCACUCCCUACAAAAUGGGGGACUUUGAUCUCUCCCACAGAAUUGUUUUAGCACCGUUAACACGAAACCGCUCGUACAACAAUGUUCCUCAGCCUCAUGCGGCAGUGUAUUACUCUCAGCGAGCGACCAAAGGUGGUCUUCUCAUUACCGAAGCAACUGGUGUAUCCGACACUGCACAAGGAUACCCACAUACACCUGGAAUUUGGACAAAGGAGCAUGUGGAGGCAUGGAAGCCAAUUGUGGAUGCAGUUCAUCAAAAGGGUGGCAUAUUUUUCCUGCAAAUGUGGCAUGUUGGUCGUGUCUCCACUUAUGAUUUCCAGCCCAAUGGCCAAGCUCCUGUCUCAUCAACAGACAAGGGAAUUACACCUGGCCUUGACGGAGUAGAAUGGUCUCCUCCUAGACGUCUGAGGAAGGAUGAAAUCCCUGGUAUUGUGAAUGAUUUCAGGUUGUCUGCUAGGAAUGCUAUUGAAGCAGGAUUUGAUGGAGUUGAGAUACACGGAGCAAACGGUUACUUAAUCGAACAGUUUCUAAAAGAUCAAGUAAAUGAUAGGACAGAUGAAUAUGGUGGGAGCUUGGAAAACCGUUCUCGCUUUGCACUCGAGAUAGUAGAAGCAGUGACCAAUGAGAUUGGAUCUCACAGAGUUGGGAUAAGACUGUCUCCAUACACUGAUUUUAUGGAGUCGGUUGACUCAGAUCCUGAUGCUCUAGGCCUAUACAUGGCCAAUGCACUUAAUAAGUUCAACAUUCUGUACCUCCAUGUGAUCGAACCGAGAGUUGUUGGUGCGACAGUGAGUCAAGGGCCCGAGGAUGAAAUUCCUCACCGACUCCUUCCAAUGAGAAAAGCUUUCAAGAAUACUUUUAUUGCUGCUGGUGGCUACAACAGAAGCAAGGGAAAUAGAGCCAUUGCUGAUAAUUAUGCGGAUUUGAUUGCAUUUGGACGCUUGUUCUUGGCUAAUCCGGACUUGCCAAGACGGUACGAGCUGGACGCUCCUCUCAACAAGUACAAUAGAAGCACAUUCUACAUUUCAGAUCCUGUUGUUGGUUACACUGAUUAUCCAUUUCUUGAAGAAGCUUAGGGUGAGGCCAGCAGUUAUCGAUGCAUUUCGUGUUUAAUGUAUAAUAUGACAGGAAGGUCUACAUAUAGAUGCUUUGAAAUAUGUCUCUUACUGCCAUUUUGAUUUCACUCCAUCUUUCUUGCCGAUCUGGCUAAGUUAUUAACACCCUGCUUUGUGCAAUUACAAACUUCUUGUGUGUGAUUGUAAUUAGGUUCAUCAUUUGCCUGUGUUGAAAGAAGUUGUUGAACCAGCUAAGAAAAUCCAUAUCAGAUU